AUGCGUCUUGUCCUAGGGGACUUCAACGCCCACAAUCAGCUCUGGCACUCUUCUUUAGGGGAAGACCAGAGAGGUGCGUUGCUGGCGGAACAGAUUGACGAGUCCACCUUCUGCACCCUGAAUGAUGAUGCCCCCACGCGGAUUAUGGGUACCUGCGCUAGCUCGCCCGACAUCACCAUAGCGAGUGCUAGUUUGAUCAACUACGCAACAUGGCGAGCCGUAGUUUCUCUGGGAUCAGACCACUUACCCAUAAUCGUUUGUCUGGAUCGACCUAACGAUUUUAUCGUCUCUGAACGCCGUCAAUACGUAAACCAAAAGAAAGCAGACUGGUACGACUUCAGAGAAUUCACCGAACGCAUCUUCAGUGAUCUAAAUUUUCCCUCUCCUUCAGAGAGGAAGUUCCGUGAAACUGUCAUCUCAGCAGCUGCUCGCUUUAUACCUGCUGGUCGUAUAUCCGUAGUGCGGCCGCACUUCCCAGCAGAAGCGGCCAGGCUUGCAGAUGAAAGAGAUGACAUCCGAAAUACCAACCAAGAUCCAAGACUCACCCAGCUGAAUAUUGAAAUCCGCAGGUUGGUAAAUGAGGACAAGCGGAAAAGAUGUCUAGAUCACUUGAAGAACUGCAACCUAAGUUCGGGUGUUAGUAAGUUGUGGUCUACAGUUCGAUCUCUCUCUAACCCGACGAAGAAGGAUGACAGGGUCGCUAUUAAGUUUGCAGAUAUCCCCAUUUCCGGCUUAAAUCAGCAGAGGCCCUGUGAAAGGACGGUCCUAGUGGCUCUUGACCUGUCGAAGGCCUUCGACACUGUCAGUCACGCCACACUCUUCGAGGAUAUCCUGCAAUCCACAAUGCCCAACAACACGAAGAGAUGGAUCGUAAAUUAUCUGAGUGGCCGUCAGUCGUUCGUGGAGUUUAGAGACAGACGCUCCAAACCCCGUAGAGUUAAACAAGGCGUACCUCAAGGUGGAGUACUAUCGCCACUUUUGUUUAACUUCUACCUCUCUAAGCUCCCCGCACCUCCACAAGGCGUGGAAGUGAUUUCAUAUGCGGACGACUGUACAAUCAUGACGACGGGCCACAACAUUGAUGAAUUAUGCGUUCUGGUGAAUGGUUAUCUCCACGAAAUACAUCAGUUCUUCACUGCGCGUAACCUGCAAUUAUCACCAGCGAAGUCGUCAACAACACUUUUUACCACCUGGACGAAGGAAGUAAACCUAAACCUUGGCAUCGUGGUCGAUGGAGUCCAAAUUCCGACCGUGCACCACCCAAAAAUAUUGGGGGUCACAUUUGAUAGCCUCUUUACUUCCCCAGCUCACGCCACUGCAAUCACGCACAAGUUGCGAAGUAGAAACAAGGUCCUCAAAGCGCUAGCCGGCAGCACUUGGGGUAUGGAUAAAGAAACCUUGUUGGCUACAUAUAAAACGAUUGGUCGGUCAGUGGUUAACUAUGCUGCUCCAGUGUGGUCACCUUCGCUAAGUGAUACCCAGUGGAGAAACAUUCAAAGCUGCCAAAAUGCCGCCCUAAGGACUGUAACGGGCUGCCUACAAAUUACCACGGAACAUCACCUGCACGAGGAAACGAAGAUCCUUCCAGUCAAGGAACACAAUGUCAUGUUGACUAAACAGUUCCUCCUGGGAUGUCAUCGGAGAAGUCAUCCCAAUUUUAACAUCAUACAAUUGGAUACUCCCCCGAAGCAUAAUACAAUCUGUUUGGUAUUGCGCUACUGGUUGCCCAAGAAAUAA